UGUCCCAGGAAACAUUUCCCAAGCAAGGGGAGGAGUUCUUUGCAGGGAUAAAUAAGCCUUAGGACCCUUGAAAAUCCCACACUCUAGGGGGCAGGCGCCAACAUUGGAGCCGGCAGGCCAGCCGCGCCCAGCUCUCCGAGGCAGAGUUGAGGGCAGAGAGAAUGUCACCCCUCCUGGCUCUGGGGCUCCUGGUGGCUGGGCUGUGCCCCACAGUCCACUGCCUCCCUGGGGACAUGCCUGACUCGGGGAAUGUGGCCCAGGAGGACCAACCCAACAGGACGUCUGUGGACAACCUCAGAUUAACCACCAGCAACACCGACUUCGCCUUCCACCUCUACAAGCUGCUGGCUGCGCAGACCCCCAAUGAGAAUGUCAUCUUCUCCCCUCUGAGCAUCUCUAUCGCCUUGGCCUUCCUGUCGCUGGGGGCCCGCAACACUACCCUGACGGAGAUCCUGGAAGGCCUCAAGUUCAACCUCACGGAGACCCCCGAGACGGAAAUCCAUCAGGGUUUCCAGCACCUCCUGCACACCCUCAGCCAGCCCAACCCACAGCAGCAGCUGAGCGUGGGCAACGCCAUGUUCCUCAAGGAGGAGCUCGAGCUGCUGGACAAGUUCAGGGAAGACGCCAAGGCGCUGUACGCCUCUGAGGCCUUCCCCACCGACUUCAAGGAUCCCGCCGCAGCCGAGAAGCUCAUCAAUGACUACGUGGAGAAGAAAACCGAGGGGAAAAUUGUGCAUUUGGUCGGGGGCCUUUGCAAGAACACAAUGAUGGUUCUGGUGAAUUACAUCCUCCUUAAAGCCAAGUGGAAGACCCCGUUUGACCCCGGAGACACGUAUGAGUCGGCGUUCCAUGUGAGCAGGAGCAGGUCAGUGCAGGUGCCCAAAAUGAGCUUCGAGGAGCGGAUGGUGCCCUUCUUCCGGGACGAGGAGCUUGCCUGCACCGUGGUGGAGCUCCAGUACAUCAGCGAUGACAGCGCACUCUUCAUCCUCCCCGACGAGGGCCAACUGGGGGCCGUGGAGGCCGCGCUGCUCCCAGAGACCCUGAGGAGGUGGCGAGCUUCUCUGCGGAUGAGGUGGAUAGAUGAAUUAUACCUGCCAAAGUUUUCCAUCUCCAGCAACUAUGAGCUGGAAACCAUACUCACCCAGCUGGGCAUUGAGAAAGUCUUCACCACCAAGGCUGACCUGUCAGGGGUCACAGGAACCCCUAACCUGUACGUUACCCAGGUGGUCCAUAGCACUGUGCUUGAUGUGGCCGAGGAGGGCACGGAAGCAGCUGCUGCCACAGGAAUCAACAUUGCUUUCUCGUCCGGAGUAAUGAACCCUUUGAUAGUGGAUUUCAACAGGCCCUUUCUGUUAUUUAUAAUCAGCAAAGAUACCCAAAGCAUCCUCUUCGGGGGCAAAGUUGUGGAUCCCAGUCAAGCCCCUCACUAAGGAGCGGGCUGCCCGGGUCUCUGGGUACAGCCUGGCCUCUGUGCUCCAAGGAGCUAGUGUGCCUGGCCCUGCCUGCUCAUCCUUGGAAAGGUGACGAUGACUCUGCCUGGAGUCUCCCACGUGCACAGGGAGCCUGUGUCCUGUUCAGUUGGAGACCCUGAGACCUCUCGACAGCAAUAAACCAUCUUCCUUCAA